CAUUUUUGAUCCCAGUAUCAUUAUAACCGCCGGCUCUUUACCAUAAACGUGUCGUGUGCAGUGUGUAUAGCCAUUCACAAUUUGACCGUUUGUUCUAAUUUAACUUGAAAAAGUAUUUCGUUCGUCCUAAAUCUGUUGAAAAUGGGGUCUACACUUAAAGAAACAUUUUCCGUUGAAGAAGUUGUGAAUUGGCUGGAUUUAAAUGGUUUUCAAGACAUCAGCCAAACGUUUUGUGACGAGGGCAUUGAUGGCGAUGCAAUGUCCUGCUUGACGGAAGAUGCCUUAAAAUCAUUGGUUGUCAGGAUUGGCCCCAGGAUGAAGUUAUUGAAAGCCAUCAAACAAAUGAACACUAGAUGCUCGACUUCUACAUCUGAGUCUGCUAGUGACUUAUCUACAUGUGAUAUGCUGGCGAAGUGGCAAGACUCCAAUUCUCAAGGAAAUGCAUCAAAUCCUGGUGGGCAAUCUGGUGUGUGUGAAUCACUAUCAAGUGCAAGCAGUGACAACUCAGUAGCAAAAGGCAGAAAACAAUGGACAUCGCCAUUUGUUCUUCCUGACUAUUUCCCGCCUUUGGUUGAAGAAACACUUGCAAAGAAAUUGAGAAUGCCAAAGCAAGUUAGAUGCAAGUUCAUACAAACAAUUUACGACAAAAUUUGCCUAUUUACUGUUUCUCCCACUCUAGACCAAAGGCGAGAUGUUUGUCGUGCAAUAAUUGCAAAAUACCCUUUUCUUUCUGAUGCAAGUGGUGGCUAUGAAAUUUGGUAUCGGUACCUUGGUGAGAAAGUUAAUAAUGAAUUAAGAAAUGAAAGAGCAGACCCUGUUGUCCUAUCUAGAAAAAGAAACAAUGUUGAUGGCAGUCCAGCUGCAACUAAAAUCAGAGCAGCUGUUCGACGAGGAAUUGUGAACUGGGCACCUCCACCAAUAGAUGGCAAGGACGAUGUCUGUUCCCAAGCAAAUGUUUCGUGGAUGAAGAAGGAAUUGAAAAGAAAACAACCCAACCUCACUUUGGUAAACAAAAAGAUGGAAUUGACAUAUUCCUUUAGGAGGCGUAUGAUAAAUGAGGAAAAACAUUUGCUGAAGGAUAUUAUGGAACAAUAUCCUUUCCUGUUUAAAAAAGCCCAUCUAAAAUCUGAGUACAGUCAUUUGAUGGCAGAUAGCUCGGCUGCUGAUUGUAAUUAAGGCAAUUUGCUAGAAGUAUCACCCAACAUUAUCAGAGUAGCAGAGCAAAGGAAAUUUGUUUCAGAAGAAGCUAAUAAGCUGCUGCUUCUUUGUAAACCUACAAAUGACUCUAGUUGUAAUGAUGAUGAAGAGAAUGAAAAUAUUUUAUCUGCAGAGAACAAAACUUUUGUUGCAAUGUGUUUGUUGCCUCAUUUACUGGAAAGGAAAACAAAAACUAAUAAAAGUCCUGAGUCUUACUUUUACCAGUUUGGUGAAGCAGAAGAGGUUGCCAUGGCAGCAAGACCUGGAAUGGCCCCAUUUUUGGUUAUCAGUGGCUCAGUGGAUGAUCCCCAUCCGGAUGCUAUAACUGUAGUUGCCGAAAACCACAUUGUAACAAGGUCUGCAGGAAUUCUGGAUGCACUGGAGUCAAUGCUUAUAUUGUAUUACGUAUGUAGUAUUCAAUACCCUAAAGAAUGUGUCAACACAUUUCAUUUCCUGCAGAGAAAUAUCAUGAAAGUGUUUGACACCCAAAAGGUGCCAACAAAGGUGUUGGUGUUAAUGUCAGAGUUAUCGCAACUAUGAACCAGAAUGUGAACAAUAAAAUAUAUGGUUAUAGUACAGGAUUUAAUGAUAUAAUGUAGUUUUAUUUAAAGUUUUGUUAAGGUUUUAAAUAGUUAUGUAAGUGGGGGUUACAUUUAAUAACUUUGUAGUAUUUAUUAUGCUGAAAUUUACUUUCAUGAUACAUUUAUAUGCUA